CAGCUUCCUGUAUGGGAGAGAAGGGUGGGGAUAGCUGCCUGCAAGUGCGCAAGCGCAUGGUGUCGGCUGAUUGGUGGCUGUUGUCACAUGAGACGACAGCAGGAAGUUGGUCGCCGCGUUAGUGAAUUCCAAACAGUAAGGGUUAUUUGGAUUCAGCAAAAGCAGGAUAAAAUGUCACUACUCAUUUGUUGUAAAUCAGAAUUUUCCAUAAUUUGAGGACUUCGGUGCAGCUGGACAAAUGAGCUUGCGUGCUUUGUGGAUUAUUUCUCACGAGAAGGGAGAAAAUGUGUCCAUACGCUUUUCAAGGAGGUUCUCCACUGUGGAGCACCGUGCAAAGCGCCUGGCAGGUUCCUCAUAUGUAGCGGUCCCGGAGGAAAGCACUGUGCUGCAGCUCCUGCUCACUGAGCUGGGUCUUUCAGACUCAGACAAGUCUUAUGUGGCUCUCAGAGAUGAUUGCCUUCAUCGCCAGCGGUCACCAGCUCUGGAGCUGCAUGUGGAUGGUCCCGGAAAGGGAAUACUGUGGCCGGUGUUGGCCAUCUCACAGGGGCCUCUUAUCCUGGCUUGCCUUUCUUUAGUGGAUGCCCCUCCUGAGCCGCGGCCACCCCUGGCCAACCUGCUGUCCGUCUCACAGGGUCUCAUGUUCCUGGCAGGCCUGCAGACCUUUCUCCUCGGCUCAGGGAGUAAGCCUGAUAGUGAGGGGUUGGCCUCUCGCCUGGCGGUGCUGCCCUCUGUACUCCUGCAGGUUUGUCCACUUGGCACACCCCUGGAUGUGCCAGGACUGGGGGCGUCUGCUAUGUCCACAGUUCCCACACCUGCUGGGAACCAGAAGCAGCCGGCCUGGAAGACAGGGCUCCACCGCGGUCGGGCUGUUGUGAAUGUAGCGCUGAAAGAAACAGUACGCUCCAUGCAGUAUGGUAACCGGAACAGACAGGAUCUCUGGGAUGUUUACGGCACGGUGACGUGCAAAUGUGAAGUGGAGGGGGUGCUCCCAAAUGUGACAGUGACCCUUGCACUGCCACCAAAUGGUUCUCCACUGCAAGACAUCCUGGUCCAUCCCUGUGUCACCUCACUGGAUUCUAGUAUCCUGACUGCCAGCAGCAUAGAUAACUGUGAUGGCUCCGCUUUCUCUGGGCCGUAUAAGUUCCCCUUCUCUCCUCCUCUGGAGACUUUCAGACUAUGCAGUUACACAUCUCAGGUUCCUGUUCCCCCCAUCCUUGGAUCUUAUCAGCUGAAGGAAGAAGAGAACCAGCUGCGUGUGUCAGUAACCCUCAAACUUCACGAAAGUGUGAAGAAUAGCUUUGAGUACUGUGAAGCACACCUGCCAUUCUUUAACAGGGAUCAGAUGGGUUUUGUGGAUUUGAAGGUGAGCUCCGGACAGCUGGAUGUUUCAAAGGAGAAGAACCUGCUGGUCUGGACCCUGGGUCAAAAGUUCCCUAAGUCUCGUGAGGUCACGAUGGAUGGCAGGAUCACCUUUUCUGGGCCAACACCAGGACCUACUGACCCCCUCUGCACAGAACUUACGGCCUACAUCAAAUUGUAUUUCAAGGUUCCUGACAUGACGCUGUCUGGAUGCUGCGUGGACCAGCACUCAGUGCAGGUUUAUUCCUCUGCCAAACCACGGAUUGUAACAUCCCGAGAACUUCAGUCCAAAGAGUACUGCAUAUGGAACUCAACAGGUAUUGCUCCGGUGUCCUCUGGGCAGAUGAUGCUGUAGCUUGGUGGAAAGGUGCACAGUUCAUGUAUCGUAUAGUUAUGGGACUGAGGACCCUGACAAGCAUAUUCAUUGAUCCAGACUGGAUAUGUGACCCCACUGAAUUCAUUUGUUACUAUCUUGUUUUUCCCACAGUGUUCACAAAUGUCACCAGUCAAAAUGUUUUUUUAGAUUUUACAUGUUAUCUACUAUUCACAUGUAGAGGACAAAGUAAUUUUUGCUUUCACUCAGGAAAGAUCACAGUGUGCAAACUUUGACUGACAGCGUUACUGAUUUGGUUUUUUUUGUUUUUUUUCAUGGAUGGCUACUUAAAAAAAAAAAAAAAAAAACCUGCCCCUGUAGUCCCCACUUCUUUUAUCCCUCAACUUUCACCCUCCCUCAAAUUUAUCCCAUUGGAGACACAAGGGCCACCCCUUGCUCUGACAGUCCCACUUCAGUGACUCUCCAUCAGCCGGAUAAUUAGCAGCUGGGGCCUUGUCAUCAGCUGUUGUGGGCCUGGAGGAGAGGGGCGGCUGGGCUUUGAAAGGCCUUGCUACUCUGGCCAGUGUUUUGGCUACAAAAGGCUCCUCUUUUAGAGCUGGCAGGAGUCCUUGCCCCUACCAGUCACUCACCCCCACCUCUUUUGACCCCAUCCCCGCCCUGUCAACUAGUGGUUAGUUCAAACACACAACCUCUCCAAGCAGACUCAGAUUGAGCGCUGACCCUCUGGCCCUCUGAGACUUUAAAAGCAGCCGGUCCCAUUCAGCGAGCAGGACCUGCCUAAUUGGUGAAAAAGUCACAAGGACGGUAAUGGUUGGGUCGCCUCUUGAGCUUGCAGAGGUGCUUUAACUCAAUUAAUGUAGAACUUCAAGUAUUUGAUUUUGAUCUUUAUUGUUAUAACAAAUUGGUUAGGGUAACCCUCCCUUUACUUAAUUAUAUAGAAGUUAUUUGAAGAGAUGCAUUGACUAGACACUUUUCCACAGUUUACAGUCAUUUUACCUGAACUAUGAUGACUUUCAUACUAAGUCUGUUACAUUUCUGCUACAUAAGCUCUGCCUCAGUAUAUUAAGUUGAAUGAAUAACCAGUCGAUGAAGGGUUAAAUCAGAGGAGAUUGUGCCCCACUAUUCCACAGCAGCCAGACUCCUCUGAGUGCCCUCAUUGUCUGCUGUUGGCCUCUUGUGCCCCUUGCUGGUCCAAAAGCUACAUUCUCACGUGGAUUUCCACUCAGAAGGCUGACCAUGACCAAUCCUCUGUCAAUUGGAACCAAUUGCUCACACGGCAUCCUUCACCUUCUUUUUAUGUAGCAGUACGGAGCGGCAGACACCAAGACCUCUCGGCUCUCCCCCUCCAUGAUGAUUUGGCUGUAAGACCCAGUGUGUGUGGCUAGCGAACUGGAAAAGGAGAUGUUUUUUGAAGCGUCGGGCCACUCUAAAUCUCCUCAGUAUCCCAAUAUGCGGUCAGUCUGGCUCCUCAAGUCAGCAGUCACCGGCCUCUCACUGGCAGACUUUGCUUUGUUGAUUGAAUGGCUUGCUAAGUAGAUGGACUAAUUUUAAUGUGUUGCUCUGCUCCAAUACCUUCAGCCCAUACCUUUGGGGCCUUUAAUUCUGUUGUGCUUUUCAAAAUCAUUAAUUUAUUCCAUCAUUGUUUACUCUUGUAUACAUGCAUACGUGAAAGAGAUUAACACUUUUGUACAAUAAUCAUCAAAAUAAAAAUCACAUGAA